AUGGAAACUAAUAGAAAUCAACAAGCAGGAAGAAAAGAAAUAGCUCCUUUAGACGAAGAGGACCUUUUAUCAUUUGAUGAUGUUGUUACUGCCAUUCCAUCUGAACUCUUGUCUUCUUCUGUCACUCAGUAUACAAUUCGAGAUAAUAUACCUUCUGCAAAUGGCAAUGGAAAUGCUAUAGUAGAUGUCAACAGUGGUUGUCUCAAAAAGGCUUCCCUAUCUUCUCGUUCUACCCAAUUGCAAUCAACUUCAAAAGGCAAUCAAGGUGAUGCCAAAAGUUCUCUUCCUCUUUCACCUGAUAGCAAAGUGGAAUUUAUCUUUGGACCUCCCUUAAGGAAGUCAGAGAGACCACUCUUUAAUAAAUCUUCUCGUUCAUUUCAAGCUUCGAGUUUGUUUGCUCAACAAUCUUUCACUAAUUUAGGGCAAGGCCUCUCCACGCCGAUUGCUAACACGACUAUACCAUUGCCCGAAGCAAGUUUACCAGAGGAGUCUUCAAGAUCUUCAAGUCCUGAUCUUAUCCAAUUCACUCCCCCAAAGCAGGAUUUGCCAAAAGAGGAAAUUCCCAAAGCUAAAAACCUCGCCCAAAUUCACGCCUCAAAACUCAAUUUCAGUUCAACCGCGUUCUUAUCAUUGAAUCCUUUUCCUUCUUCAAGUUUGCCCCGCACAACAGAGGGGUUGAAGGGAAAUUGGACUCCUUCUCCUAUCGAAAACCCAAAAGGUCUCAAUUCACAGAUACUCAAACAAGCUAUAAUCAAUACUCACCAGUGCGAAGGCUUUCAAGAGGUUUCCAAAAUAGGUAUACCUCAAGCCAAUACCUUUGAUAAACCUUUCCUUGCUGAGACCGCGGAGAUGGUGUUGUCACAAGGUCCUCACCAUGCGGAUGUGGUUGCGACGACGGUCAUUGACUUGGUUCCUGCACAGCAGUCUGCAAUAAUCGCCCCUAAUUCAGCCAAAAGCUCUAAGAUGCCAGAUCCUGGAGUCCCUCUACACGCCAAAAAUGACGAGGCAGGUUCUCCCGUUGUUGUACCAUUUAAUUCUGGAAACGAAAUUCCUUCUGGAAACAUUUCUUUACAGCUUGAUUCACCAUCUCUGGAGAAACAUUCUGCUAAUUUGUCGCCAAUCAACCAAGUCCCUGCACCAUUUGCACUUGCUACAAGAACAACCGAUGAUGUCUUCGCAGAGCUUAGGCUGCCUUUGCAUCAAGCAAGUCACCAGGUUGACGAUACACCUUCCUCUUCUCUUGAUAAUUCGAACACAAAUGAUAGAGUUCUAGACAAUAGUCAAGGUUCCAACCAAAAAGAUCUGCCUGUUGUCGAAGAGGAUGGGGAAGAGGAAGAGGAAGAGGACAUGAACCAAGCCAUCCCCGAUAUUAAACGUAUCUCGGCACGAAAGCAAAAGAAUGCUGCCAUAUUUGACAUUUUUCUCAAGGAAGCUAAUAAACAGCCAAAGACGGAAAAGAUUUCACAUGCGAAUGAUGAAGCGAUUCAGUCUACUCGGUGGUUGAUAGACCAGGCAGAAAAACAGCAUAUUAUAGAAAGCCCCAGGGACUAUCAACUUGAAUUAUUUGAAAAGGCAAAGAAACAGAACAUUAUAGCUGUGCUUGAUACAGGGUCUGGCAAAACAUUCAUUGCAGUUCUCUUACUUCGGUGGAUCAUAGACCAAGAGCUUGAAGAUAGAGCUAUUGGCAAGCCUCAUCGUGUUUCAUUCUUCUUGGUUGAUUCUGUGACCCUUUGUCACCAACAACACUCGGUACUCAGAAACAAUCUCAAUCAGCCAACAGACAUGAUCUGCGGGCUUACGGGAACUGAUCUGUCCGAUCACAUAAAGUGGAAGAAACGAAUGGAUGCGAACAUGGUCAUUGUCUGCACUGCAGAAAUUUUACGUCAAUGCUUGCACCAUUCGUUUGUUACAAUGGCUCAAAUAAAUCUGCUAAUUUUCGAUGAAGCCCACCAUGCAAAGAAGGAUCAUCCUUAUGCCAGGAUUAUUAAGGAUUUUUAUCGCAAUGACACGGGAAAAGAUUUCGCUCUGCCUAAGAUAUUUGGGAUGACAGCAUCACCUGUAGAUGCUAGAGAUAAUGUCAAGAAAGCUGCUGAGGAACUCGAAGGUCUGUUACAGAGUCAAAUUUGCACUGCAGAAGAUCCCAGCUUGCUGCAAUACUCAAUCAAAGGCAAACCUGAGACUAUUGCCUACUAUGAUCCGUUGGGCCCGAAAUUUAAUACUCCUCUUUAUCUUCAAAUGCUCCCGCUUCUAAAGGACAAUCCUAUCUUUCGGAAGCCAUUUGUAUUCGGGACAGAAGCUAGUAGGACUCUAGGAUCUUGGUGUGUUGACCAGAUCUGGACUUUCUGUCUUCAGGAAGAAGAGUCUAAGAAACUACAAGCAAAGACGGAGCAGGCUCAUCAUAAGAAAAGAGUCCAGGAGCCACUUGAAGUGCUAGAGAAGCGCAAGGAACAACUUGAAGAAGCCAAAUCCAUUGUCAAAAAUCACACUUUCGAGCCACCUCACUUUGCAUCAAGAUUAUCUGAUGAUCUUACAACAAAGUUUCACUAUUCGAACAAUUUAUCUACCAAAGUGGUCGCUCUUCUAAGUAUCCUCAAAGAUCGUUUCCAGCGGCCCACCAAUGACAAGUGUAUUGUGUUUGUCAGAGAAAGAUAUACCGCACGCCUUCUAGCCUCGCUCCUCUCCACACCUGAAGCCGGUACACCAUUUUUAAAGGUUGCACCGCUGGUUGGUACUACGUCUGCUUCAGCCGGAGAAAUGCACAUCACCUUUAGAUCGCAAACCCUCACCAUGCAUGAUUUCCGCAAUGGCAAAAUCAACUGCCUUAUCGCAACAUCAGUUGCUGAAGAAGGUCUCGACAUUCCUGACUGUAACCUCGUUGUAAGAUUCGAUUUGUACAAUACAGUCAUUCAGUACAUUCAAUCCAGAGGUCGUGCUAGGCAUGUCAACUCAAGGUAUUACCACAUGGUAGAGAACCACAACGAGGAACAGAUUCGUACAAUCAAAGAGGUUUUGAAGCAUGAGAAAAUGCUAAAGCUUUUUGCUUCUGCACUUCCAGAAGAUAGGAAAUUGACCGGAAACAAUUUCAAUAUGGAUUACUUCCUUAAGAAGGAACGAAGCCACCGAAUCUACUCUGUUCCAAAUAGUGACGCAAAGCUUACUUAUAGAAUGAGUUUAACAGUCCUAUCCGCCUUCGUCGACUCACUUCCUCGAGCCCCAGAGUCGGUUCUUCGGGUGGAUUAUGUCGUCACAACUGUUGAUAAGCAAUUUAUUUGUGAGGUCAUCUUACCAGAAGAAGCACCUAUUCGUGGAGCAAUUGGUCGACCAGCAACAACCAAGCAAGUGGCCAAAUGCUCCGCAGCCUUUGAAACGUGUGUUAUUCUGCAUCAGAAAGGGUACAUCAACGACUACCUACUUUCUACAUUCAAAAAAUCGGCACACAUGAUGAGAAAUGCACUUUUGGCUGUGGAUGGAAAAAAGCGAGAAGCUUAUGAUAUGCAGACUAAACCAACUUUAUGGUCUUCCAAGGGGAAACAAGGCAUAUUUUAUAUGACCGUCUUGUCUCUCAAAGCUCCAGAUAGUCUUGACAAAGUAUCUCAACCCUUGGGCUUGCUGACAAGAUCUCCCUUGCCUGAUUUGCCAGAAUUUGUUCUUCAUUUCGGAGGAGGACGAAACUCUCCAGUCUCGUGCGUACCUCUCGCUUCCUCAAUUACGCUCGAAGGAAACAUGCUUGACCAAGUCAAUAUGUUCACCCUAUGUUUAUUCCAAGAUGUGUUCAGUAAAGCCUACAAAUCAGACCCCGAUAGUAUGCCCUACUUUAUAGUUCCUGUCAACUGCCGGAACACCAUCGUCGACUGGAAAUCACAAAUCCCAAUGUCAAUAAUUGAUUGGGAGACAGUUGAAUAUGUCCAAGAUUUUGAGAACAAGCAAGCCGAUAAACCAUGGGAGCACAAGCCAUGGUUAGGAAAGCCCGAUGAUUAUUUCAAGGACAAAUUUAUAACUGAUCCUUUUGAUGGAUCUCGGAAAUUGUGGUCCGUUGGUAUCACAAAAGAAUACAAACCAUUAGAUCCAGUCCCACCAAAUACAGCCCCCAGGAACGGAGCUAGAAAGAACAAUAGUAAUAUCAUGGAGUAUAGUUGUAGUCUCUGGGCAAAAGCUAGAACAAGACGAACUUUUGAUGAAGAACAGCCUGUUGUUGAAGCAACCUACAUUUCACUUCGAAGAAAUUUACUUGAUGAGUUUGAUGGAGGAGAGGUCGAGACUUCAAAGAAGUGUUUUGUUAUUCUGGAACCGUUAAAGGUAUCGCCUCUUCCAACUACUGUGGUUGCAAUGGCUUAUCUUUUGCCUGCUAUCAUUCAUCGAGUUGAAUCAUAUCUCAUUGCUCUUGAAGUAACUGACUUAUUACAUCUUGACAUUCGUCCUGAUCUUGCGCUCGAAGCUGUUACCAAAGAUUCCGACAAUUCUGGAGAGCAUGGUGAGGAACAAACAAACUUUCAAAGAGGAAUGGGCAACAAUUAUGAACGAUUGGAGUUUCUUGGGGAUUGUUUCCUGAAGAUGGGAACAUCAAUAUCCCUAUACGGUCUGAACCCUGAUAGUGACGAAUUUCGUUACCAUGUUGAUCGUAUGUGUCUGAUUUGCAACAAAAAUCUGUUCAACACGGCUUUGAAACUGGAGCUUUACAAAUACAUUCGGUCAGCAGCCUUCAACCGACGUGCUUGGUAUCCCGAAGGUCCCGAGUUAUUAAGAGGAAAGACAGCCACGGCACCAAAUACCCACAAGCUCGGUGAUAAGUCAGUUGCAGAUGUUUGUGAAGCAAUGAUUGGCGCUGCUUUACUAAGUCAUCACGAAAGCAAAUCCAUGGAUAAUGCAGUUCGUGCCGUUACCGAAGUCGUCAAUAGUGACAACCACAAUGCUGUUGUAUGGUCUGAUUAUUACAGAUUGUAUGAGAAACCAAAAUGGCAAACUGCCGUAGCUACAGCUGCACAAAUUGAUAUGGCAAGACAAGUUGAGUCGAAACAUCCAUAUCAUUUUAAGCACCCACGCCUGUUAAGAUCAGCUUUCAUCCAUCCGGCAUACUUGUUCAUCUACGAACAAAUUCCUUGUUAUCAACGUCUCGAAUUUUUGGGUGAUUCGCUGCUCGAUAUGGCAUGUGUCAACUUCCUUUUUCACAAUCAUCCAACCAAAGAUCCUCAGUGGCUCACUGAGCACAAGAUGGCUAUGGUAUCCAACCAAUUUCUUGGAGCUCUUUGUGUUAAAUUAGGCUUCCAUAAACAUCUUCUGACACUCGAUUCUCAAGUCCAAAAAAUGAUUGCAGAUUAUUCCUCAGAUAUCAAUGAAGCCCUCAUUCAAGCCAAAGCAGACGCAAAGAGAGCUGGUAAAGCAGAAGAUGAUUACGCUCGUGAUUAUUGGAUCGCCGUUCGUCAACCUCCUAAAUGUCUUCCUGAUAUCGUAGAAGCAUUCGUUGGUGUCAUUUUUGUCGACUCUGAGUAUGACUACGAUGAAGUUGAAAAAUUCUUUGAAAUGCAUAUUAGAUGGUACUUUGAUGAUAUGAGCAUUUAUGAUACCUAUGCUAACAAGCAUCCAACCACUUUCUUAACAAAUUUCUUGCAAAAGAACAUGGGAUGUGAAGACUGGGCACCAGUCAGUAAGGAAGUACCUGGAGAGGAUGGUAGAAAGAACGUUGUGAUUUGUGGCGUCAUUGUGCAUAAUAAGGUAGUAUCAACUGCCACUGCCGAAAGUAUGAGAUAUGCUAGGGUAGGAGCAGCUAGGAAAGCCUUAGUAAAAUUGGAGGGGAUGAGUGUCCGAGAAUUCAGAGAAGAAUACGGAUGUUCAUGUAAGGGGGAUGUUUUUGAUGAAGAGGGUAAUGUCGAAUUUGUUGAGCGUGAAGAUGGGAUGGAGGGGGUUAGUAUGGGAUAUCGAGAAGAGGUUGUUGGCAGUAUUUUGAAGGAAGUUGAGGGUGAUUUGAAUGGAGGUGAAAGGGCAAAUGAAGCUGCGGGGUCUUUGACAGCACAAAAACAAGAAUUGCUGGAGAUUUGA